AUGUCUAGGCCAGAGGAUUUCAAGUCAUACUUCUGCGUUAAAUGUAAUAGAUCAGUGUUCAUUAAUCCUUCAACUAAGCGCUGUACUUUUUGUCAGAGUGAGGACAUCGGGCCUUGUAAAAUCAAGCGUACACCUGAAGAAACUUACAUUCAACAGUUGCGGGCUUUUGAAGCUUCCAAGAAGCCAGCUUCUCAGUCCUCCAUAGAUGAGAUGGAGAAGAUGAUGAUUACUGAGGAGUUGUUGGAAAAACAACCCGAAUGCCCAAUAUGUCGAGAGGAGUUUCAGCUGGAAACAAUGGUGAAAGCCAUGGGCUGUGGACACUUCUUCCAUGAACAUUGCAUUGCUUCAUGGUUAGGGAAUAAGAGAAAUGCUUGUCCUCUUUGUGAAGCCUCCUUACCUCAAGCCACUAACUUCUACCCAUUCGGCUUUGGUGGCGGCGGCGGCGGCUCCUCCUCUAGUUCUUCUAAGGCUUGA